UCUGGGCCCAAAGACAACAAUCUCCAAUGGCCAUGUCCAUGGCGUCAGGCAUCUAUGGAGCUGAUGGACCAGAAUCCAGACAUCCAACAUCGCAUGAACAACAUUAAGAUGAUCACUACAGAUCCAAACAUGACUUUCACAGACUCCACAGGUAAUGUUAAGUAUAUCUGGGACAACCCACGAAAAGUAGGCAGUCUAGUCACUGACACAGAUGGUAGUAAAUUCUACCGGGGGUGGGGUUACGGUUACAGCCAUUACAUCACACAUGAUCGUCUGAAGAGCCGAAGCUUUAUUAAAGGAGAUGAUGUCAUCUUCCUCCUCUCCCUUGAAGGUGUGCAGUUCUUAUUCAAUGCAAAUGAAAUUCUUAUGAAAUAUGACAAGAGUUUUAAAUAUCAACUUCAUCAAUAGAUGUGACUGGACUUUUGGGGACUCAGACCAGAGA